AUGGAGUUAGACCAGCCCAUGGCAGAAAGCAGUAAGCGCAAGGCUACCGAGCCUCCCGAAUCGCCUGCUGCGGCGAAACGCGUUAAGCAUGGCGACGUCGAGGACACCCAAACUGCCAAGAAGAGCAAGGAGCCCUUGAAGCGGAUUCCAUUCCCAGAAAAGCCUGCAGUUAUCGAGGAGCGCAAUGGGGAAAUUGAAUUUCGAGUUGUCAACAACGACGGCGAGCAGGACUCACACAUCAUCUUGACUGGACUCAAAUGCAUUUUCCAGAAGCAACUACCAAAGAUGCCAAAAGAUUACAUCGCGCGACUCGUUUACGACAGAACACAUCGAUCGAUUGCCAUUGUCAAGAAGCCUCUCGAAGUCAUAGGCGGCAUUACGUAUCGACCGUUCAAGGGCCGCCAAUUCGCCGAAAUCGUGUUCUGCGCCAUCAGCUCGGACCAGCAAGUCAAAGGCUAUGGCGCACACCUCAUGGCACAUCUCAAGGACUACGUCAAAGCAUCUAGCGACGUGAUGCACUUCUUGACGUACGCGGACAAUUACGCUAUUGGCUACUUCAAAAAGCAGGGGUUCACCAAGGAGAUUACGCUCGAGAAGAGGAUAUGGAUGGGCUAUAUCAAGGAUUACGAGGGCGGCACCAUCAUGCAGUGCACCAUGCUACCCCGGGUCCGCUAUCUUGAGCAGGGCCGCAUGCUGCUGAAGCAAAAGGAGUGCAUCCUCGCCAAGAUCCGGGCUUACUCAAAAUCACACAUUGUGCAUGCGCCGCCUAAGGAAUGGAAGAACGGAGUCAAGCCCAUCGACCCUCUCUCUAUUCCGGCCAUCGCCGCGUCCGGCUGGUCCCCUGACAUGGACGCGUUGGCCAGACAGCCACGCCACGGACCCAACUACAACCAACUCCUUCACCUUUUGAACGACAUGCAGAACCACAACUCCGCCUGGCCGUUCCUUGUGCCUGUCAACCGCGAUGACGUGGCCGACUACUACGACGUCAUCAAGGAGCCCAUGGAUUUCAGCACAAUGGAGAGUAAGCUGGAAAAGGAUCAAUACCUGACUCCCGAGGAUUUCAUCAAGGACGCCAAGCUCGUGUUCAACAACUGCCGCAAGUACAAUAAUGAAAGCACACCGUAUGCAAAGUCCGCCAACAAACUGGAGAAGUUUAUGUACUCCCAGAUCGAGGCCAUCCCCGAGUGGUCCCACCUUGCAACGUCCAAGUAG